ACAGCAGUGCCGUAGACGACCACCGCCGUCAACGCACUCCACACGUUUUGAUCCUCCAUCCUCCCCUCUUUCCCCGAAAAAAUGCCACUGUUUUCAGAAGACGAUGCUCCCGCUCUGAAAAAGUACCUUGUCCAGGCGUUGGAACCUAUGUAAGUGGCCUUGCGAUAUUGGACGGUUUCAGUUGGAAUACUUGUGACAGAGGCCGAAUUUGGUGGAAAAUUGAAAGAUUUGGACGUUUUCUUUUGUCCGAUCUAUCGCGAUUCUAACUUUCCGUCCCGAAAUUAUCGUACUCAACAACAGCAUUUUUUUCCUUUUCUCUAACACUGUUAUACAGUUCUGAUGCUGAUGCCGACGUCUUGUCAGAUUAUGCCAUGGCGUUGCUGCGUCAUGAGUCUGCUGAAGAAGAGGUUCGGCAGCUGUGUUAUAGCCAAUUAGAGGAUUUUUUGCGUCAAGAAACAAUUCCUUUUGUUGACAAAGUGUUUGACGUUUUAAAGGAACGUUCAUACUUGGAAAAAGAAAUGAAAAGCCCUAAGGGGCACUUAUCUACCGCAGCCACAAUUCCUGUAUCUGCCCCUCUUGCUGAAAAAGGACCAGUUGCUGCUUCUAAUGAGCGUCCGAAUGCUGCCAAUGCGCAAGCAAAUGCACCUCCCUUCGGCGGCCAUCAGCAUCCAACUCUUCCUGCGGGAUUUAUGCCCAAUCCCUCUGGCCCACCUUUUCCCUUCCCUCUCCCUAUGCUCAAUCCAGCAGCGGCAGCAGCGGCAGCAGCCGCUGCUGCUGCGGCCGCUGCGUCGGGCGAGUUCUCUCCGUUCCAGGGUUCCAAUAACUCUUCACAGGCGUCGCCUAUGGAUAUCGCCAGUCCAGCUUCGCCAUUUCCACCCCCUUUUCAACCUCGUGGCAGUCGGAGACGGUGUCGGGAUUAUGAAACGAAGGGUUUCUGUUUACGCGGCGAUAAGUGCAUGUUUGAACACUCUUCACAACCCGUACGUGUUUCCUCUCCUAAUCAUCAAAACUUUGCCUAUGAUCACCGCGCUCCUUCACGGCCUAUUCAGCACUAUUCUCCUCGCUAUAUUAAAGGGCCAAGCCGGGAUCCAAGCAGUACGAUCUUACAAAUGCGAAAUGUUCCACCCGAGUAUCUUGACGAGCAACGUAUUCGCGAAUUCUUUGAAAAGUUUGGUCCCCUAGAAAAGGUUGAGCUGCAUCAAACUCAAUCUUAUGCCAUAUUGCACUUUAAAGACCAUGCUUCUGCAGAGGCGGCUUGGGGAUCCCCGGAACCGAUCUUUAACAAUCGUUUUAUUAAAGUUUUUUGGCAAGCAACCAACACGCCCUCUCGUGGUCCCCCUGGUCAACGUAGGAUGACCUCUUCUCGUGUUUCACACUACACCCCUUAUAGUCGUCCACAGCCUCGUGGUGAAGUUGUUCAAGAAGAAGAUCCUGUUGUUACGGCUCAAAGCCCUGACUUCCUGAAGCGGGUGGAAGAAAAACAGCGGGCGUUUGAAGAGCGCCGUAAAAAGCUGGAGGAAAACAAACGCAAGCUUGAGGAGAUUAAUCGUAAAAAGCAAGAGCUGGCUUUGAGACAGCUUAAAGAGCAGCAAGUUUUGAUGGAAAAAUUGAAGAGUGCAGAUCCUGCUUCUCAGAGCAAAGUUGAUAUCCUAAAGACACAGCUUGCUCUUUUGAAAGCUGAAGCGGAUUCGCUGGGAAUUCAAGUUGGUUCUCAGAAUUCGCCCACUCCUUCGACUACUACUGCUACGAGCAAGCCGACUGUGUCGUACUCGCAUCAUCCAAACGCCUCUGUCGGUUAUUCCCAUGCACCUGCCCGAGGUCGUGGAGGACGGUUCUCAUUUGCAUCUAUGUCGCUCGAUAACCGGCCUCGACGCAUCCAAGUCAACAAUGUUUCACCCGACAAAAAUGAGCUAUUGUUGCAGCAUCUUCUGUCUGUCGGUGAGUACGAGAGUGUUACUGAGCCCGAGCCAAAUACUCGUAUGGUAAAUUUCCGUUCACGACGUGCUGCUGAGCAGUUUUACGACAAUGUGCAAACUAUAGAUGGCCUUCGUGAUAUAUCGCUUCAGUGGAUACCGAACGGCGUUGCAGCAACUCAGCCUUCGGAAAAUCAAACUGAUGCAACUAUGGGUAACGAAAGCUAA